AUGCUGAAAGGUUAUUGCUCUUCAGAUCAGUUCAUAUCUAUCUAUCAAUCUAUCUAUCUGUCUUCAUAUCUAUCUAUCUAUCUUCAUAGUUAUCUAUGUUCAUAUAUAUCAGUCAGUUCAUAUCUAUCAACCGAUCUAUCUUUCUUUAUGUCUACCUAUCUAUAUAUUGAUCUAUCUCUGUUCAUAUCUAUCUAUCUAUCUAUCUAUCUAUCUAUCUAUCUAUCUAUCUAUCUUAUUCUGUUCAUUAUCUAUCUAUCUAUCUAUCUAUCUAUCUAUCUAUCUAUCUUAUUCUGUUCAUUAUCUAUCUAUCUAUCUAUCUAUCUAUCUAUCUAUCUAUCUAUCUAUCUUCAUAUCUAUCUAUCUAUCUAUCUAUCUAUCUAUCUAUCUUAUUCUGUUCAUUAUCUAUCUAUCUAUCUAUCUAUCUAUUUAUCUUCAUAUCUAUCUGUCUAUCGUUCUAUCUAUCUUCAUAUCUAUCUAUAUCAAUCAGUUCAUAUCUAUCAACCGAGCUAUCUUUCUUCAUGUCUAUCUAUCUAUAUAUUGAUCUAUCUGUCUGUUCAUAUCUAUCUAUCUAUCUAUCUAUCUAUCUAUCUAUCUAUCUCAUUCUGUUCAUUAUCUAUCUAUUGUUACAGUUUUUUGUGUAUAUUAUAUACGACCGUCAUGAAAAUGUCUAACAUCUAUCUAUCUAUCUAUCUCAUUCUCUUCAUUAUCUAUCUAUCUAUCAAUCUCAUUCUGUUCAUUAUCUAUCUAUCUAUCUAUCUAUCUAUCUAUCUAUCUCAUUCUGUUCAUUACCUAUCUAUCUAUCUAUAUUCAUAUUCAUCUCAUUCUAUUCCUAAUAUAUUAUGUUUUUUCUUGCUUUUUCUGUUUUUCUAUCUUUUUUCUGUAUUUCUUUCUGUUUUUCUUUCUUUUCUAUUUUUCUUUCUUUCUGCUUUUUCUUUCUUUCAGUUUUUCUUUCUUUCUGUUUUUCUUUCUUUUAGUUUUUCUUUCUUUCAGUUUUUUUUCUUUUUCUGUUUUUCUAUCUUUUUUCUGUAUUUCUUUCUGUUUUUCUUUCUUUUCUAUUUUUCUUUCUUUCUGUUUUUUCUUUCUGUUUUUCUUUCUUUCAGUUUUUCUUUCUUUUCUAUUUUUCUUUCUUUCUGUUUUUCUUUCUUUUUGUUUUUCUUUCUUUUUUGUAUUUCUUUCUUUUUUUUUUCUUUCUUACUUUCUAUUUUUCUUCCUUUCCGCUUUUCUUUCUGCUUUUCUUUCUUUCUGUUUUUCUUUCUUUCUGUUAAUUCCACAUUCACCAUUUCUUUUUUGCAUCACACCUUCAUUCUGCAUAGAAUAAGAUUUCUAUCAUUCCCUCCUUGCAUUCUGCAUUUUUUCUCUGCAGUUUUCUUUCAUUUUAUAACAGUUUUCACAAUAUUCUCUCUGCUAUCCCUGUCCUUCCCUGCCAUUCUCUCUAUUUCCCUCUAUAUUCCUCUCUAUAUAUUUUUCAUUUCCAUUUGCCAUUUCUUUAUUUUUUUUCUCUAUCUUUCUUUCUCUUUCACACACUCUGUCUCUGUCCCUGUCUCUGUCCCUGUCUCUGUCUCUGUCUGUCUGUCUCUCUCUCUCUCUCUCUCUCUCUCUCUCUCUCCUCUUCUAUUUCAAUUUUAUGUCGGGAAAGCAGAUUUUUCCUUUCUUUCUUUUUGUAUUAUCUGCUUUUCUUUCUUUCUUUCUUUCUUUUUGAUUGUCUGCUUUUUUGUUCUUUCUUUUUAUUGUCUGCUUUUCUUUCUUUUUAUUGUCUGCUUUCUUUUCUUUCUUUUUAUUGUCUGCUUUCUUUUCUUUCUUUUUGAUUGCCUGCGUUUUGUUCUUUCUUUUUAUUGUCUGCUUUCCUUUCUUUCUUUCUUUCUUACUUUUUAUUGUCUGCUUUGCUUUCUUUCUUUUUAUUGUCUUUUUUCCUCUCUAACUUUCUUCUUUUUCAUAUACUACAUUCUACCUUCCUUCAGUCUACUUUUUCCUAAUUCUUCCUCCAUUUCUAUUCCUUAUUAUUCUUCACUUUCUCAUCAUUAUUCUUUCUACCUUUCUAUUUGUUAUUCUUCUUCUCUUUGUAUUCUUCUUUUUCUAUUCAUUAUACUUCCUUCCUUUCUAGUCCUAAUUCUUCCUCCAUUUUCUAUUCCUUAUUAUUCUUCACUUUCUCAUCAUUAUUCUUUCUACCUUUCUAUUUGUUAUUCUUCUUCUCUUUGUAUUCUUCUUUUUCUAUUCAUUAUACUUCCUUCCUUUCUAGUCCUAAUUCUUCCUCCAUUUCUAUUCCUUAUUAUUCUUCACUUUCUCAUCAUUAUUCUUUCUACCUUUCUAUUUGUUAUUCUUCUUCUCUUUGUAUUCUUCUUUUCUAUUCAUUAUACUUCCUUCCUUUCUAGUCCUAAUUCUUCCUCCAUUUCUAUUCCUUAUUAUUCUUCACUUUCUCAUCAUUAUUCUUUCUACCUUUCUAUUUGUUAUUCUUCUUCUCUUUGUAUUCUUCUUUUUCUAUUCAUUAUACUUCCUUCCUUUCUAGUCCUAAUUCUUCCUCCAUUUCUAUUCCUUAUUAUUCUUCACUUUCUCAUCAUUAUUCUUUCUACCUUUCUAUUUGUUAUUCUUCUUCUCUUUCUAUUCUUCUCUUUCUAUUCAUUAUACUUCCUCCCUUUCUAUCCUUAUUCUUUCUCCCUUUCUAUUCCUUAUUAUUCUUCUCUCUCUAUUCUUCUUUUUCCAUUCAUUAUACUUCCUCCCUUUCUAUCCCUUAUUCUUUCUCCCUUUCUAUUCCUUAUUCUUCUUCUCUUUUUAUUCUUCUUUUUCUAUUCAUUAUACUUCCGCCCUUUCUAUUUCUUAUUCUUUUUUCCCUUUUUUAUUCGUUCUCCCCUUUCUAUUCUUUCUCAUCUUUCUUAUUCUGUCGCCCCUUUCUUAUUUUUCUUUCUUUUCUUACUCUUUAUCCCUUUCUCUAUUACUUCUUGCUUUAUUCGUUCUCUCUUUCUAUUCUUUUUUUCUGCAUUCUUUCCUCUUCAUAUAGAGCUUUUUUUAUCAGUUAGUGAUUUCCAGGUUACCUUUUUCUUUCUUUCUUUCUUUCUUUCUUUCUUUCUUUCUUUCUUUCUUUCUUUCUUUCUUUAUCAUUUUCUUUCUUUUAUUUUUGCUUUUCUUUCUUUACUCUUGCUUUUUUUUCAUAUCAGUUUUUGUUUAUUCUUUUUUUUCUUUCUUUUUGUGUCUAUUUCUUUCGUUGUAUCAAAUUGCCUUUGUUGGAAUGACAUUUUUUCAUUCUUUUCUGAUGUUAGUUCUUCUUUCUUUUUUUUCUUUUUUACUGAGAUCAAUUUUCUUUUUUUAUCAAAUUUUUCUUUCUUCUUUCUUUCCUAUAUUUUGACGAUAAAUUUCUUUUUCUUUCUUUCUCUAUCACAUUCUUUCCGUUGUUCACUUUCUCUUUUUGCAUCUUUUUUUAUUUGCUAUAACCUUUUGUGCUUUUCUAUCUGGUAUCACAUUAUUUUUUUUUAUUUUUUAUUUUUUUUAUUUCUUUCUUUUUUUUUUCUCAACAGUUUUUCUUUCUACUCAUUCUCCAAUUCUUUUCUUAUACUCUUUCCAUCUUACUUACAUCUUCCAUCUUUCUCACUUUUAUGUCUUUAUUCUUUCUUUCUUUCUUUCUUUCUUUCUAUUCCUUGUUCUUUCUUUUUCUCUCUCUCUCUUACUAUUCCUUAUUCUUCUUUAUUAUUUCUCUCUUUCUAUCCCUUAUUCUUUCUUAUUCUUUCUCUCUUUCUAUUCAUGAUUCUGCUUUAUUCUUUCUCUCUAUCUAUUCUUUAUUCUUCUUAUUCAGUCUCUCUCUGA